AGGAGAAAGGAGAAUAAUUUCCCAGGUCCUUGACAUUCAGGACGCUCAGUCACUUCAGCUGCACUUUUGAGUAAUCAUUGUCCGGUUCAAUCGCUCACCAUGGCCACCGAACUCCUCAAGAGCCUGCCCGUGCCGACCAUUGAUCGGCCAUUUGGCAUUCACCUAUGGCCCAUCUUCGACAAGGCUUUCGAGCUUGUUGUGGGAUAUCCCGCCAGCGAAUUCCGCUUCGUUGAAGGCGUCACCCCGAUGUCUACGCUGAAGGAGACUGCUGUCAUGCUCGUGGCAUACUAUGUCAUCAUCUUCAGUGGUCGCGCAUUCAUGAAGAAUCGUCCUGCUUUCAAGCUCAACACGCUCUUCAUGAUCCACAACUUCUAUCUGACUGCGAUCAGCGCAACGCUUUUGGCUCUCUUCAUCGAACAACUCCUGCCCACUCUCUGGAGACACGGUCUCUUCUACACGAUCUGCUCGCAUGAGGGUGGAUUCACCCAACCGCUGGUCGUCCUGUACUACCUCAACUACCUGACCAAGUACCUCGAGCUCCUUGACACCGUCUUCCUGUUCCUCAAGAAGAAGCCCUUGACCUUCCUCCACACCUACCACCACGGUGCCACCGCUCUGCUUUGCUACACCCAGCUCAUUGGCUUGACUGCCGUCCAAUGGGUGGUUAUUGACAUCAACCUUUUGGUCCACGUCGUUAUGUACUGGUACUACUUCCAGAGCGCUCGUGGUAUCCGCAUCUGGUGGAAAGAAUGGAUCACCCGUCUCCAGAUCAUCCAAUUCGUGAUCGACCUCGGCUUUGUCUACUUUGCUUCCUACACCUACUUCUCCUCGACUUACUUCCCCUGGGCUCCCAACAUGGGCCAGUGCGCUGGAGAGGAAUUCGCCGCCUUCUCCGGAAUGGCUGUUAUCACCUCCUACCUGUUUUUGUUCAUCUCCUUCUACAUUGCUACCUACAACAAGGCUGCCAAGACUGGCCGUCCUCGUCGCAACACCGGCAGACAGGCUGUUAUCGAUAUGGCCAAGUUCGAGGUCUCCCCUCCUUCCGCUGCCAACGGACAGGCCAAGUCGAACGGCGCUGCCGUGUCCACUGGUCGCUCCAACGGCCCUGUUACCCGCUCUCGCAAGGCCUAAGUGCCAGAGCAGUGAGAAGGCCUCGGGGAGAGCGCAUACUUUCACUUCUUGGACGACCCGCCUGGGAACUCGGCUUCGAAGCGCAAACCUAGCCUCCCUUCGCUUUUAC